GCCGGGUGAGCCGGGCUCUCACCAUCAAGGAGCACCGAGCUCUGAAGACGGACAAUGCAGCCUUCAGCCAUGGUGUCACCCGAUGCCGCUGCUAAAAGUGGCCAUUUAAUACACGCCGGCGUGGCUCGGCAGAUGGGGCGCAGGCGGGCUGCUCCUCUGCCGUUCCUUCGUGUGACGGCCUGGUCUACCUUCUUAUCCAUGGGUUUGCUGGCUUUUCAUUGUGUUGGUAAAAUGUUCACUAAGCUGAGCUGUCUGUCUCUGGAGUGAAAACCAAUUAAAUCUCUCGCUGUGGAGUUGUUUUGGGUGAGGGGCUAGCUUUUCACUACAGAUGUUAAGGUUUCUUCUGAAUUUAUUUCAAAAGAACAUAAGAUAAUAAGCCAGUUUGAAAUUUGGACCCAUUAAAGUAAUGUUGUUUGGAGAUUACUUCUAAAUUCCAAUGAAUUCAGGUUAAAAUGCCAUCUAUCAAAAUAGGAUUUAGAUUGGAUAGUUCCUUAGACACAAAUAUGUCCUAAGAAAAUGUGAUAAAAUCGGUUGGAUUUGGGGGGGAAAACAAAGUUUCUUGAAAUACUCUUUAAGUAACAAGUUGAUUCUAGGAUUGAAGUGUUUUUAUGUGAAUUUCGGAGAAACAGCAGGUGUGUAAUAGGUGGCACAGCUUUCCUGUAAGUUACUUGCUCUUUAAAAGCCUGUGAGCAUUGCUAGUAUGUCAUCACAAAAUGAAAAUCCGAAGGCAGCUGACAAGUCAAUGAAGCUUCGGUUGCGCGCCCCCCGCCGCCCCGUGUCUGCUGCGAGCGCUCGGUUUAGCUCUGUGGUCAUCGUGCAGGAAUGCCGUCCGCUCCCUGGCAGGUUCCUAAAUAACUCAGGAGAGCACCAGAGCCCCGCAGAUAAGAUAAAGGGUCCGGCGGCGGGAGGUGGCUCGGCUCCAUGUCUGCACAGCUGUGAAGGCCAAACCCGUCCAGAGCCCGAGGUCCCCAGGCCGGCUCUCCCGGGCCUUUGUGCUGACAGGACCCACAGCGUUCUUGCUACCCCGGGGCCUGCGCGGAGCUCGGCGUGUCCUGUGCUCUGGCUGCACCGCUGGCCCUUGCUCGGGGACUGUGCUUCCGUCCUUUGUGUCGGAUGCACAGGUACACACCCACACAACCCACGCGCCCUCUGCGUGCUGCCCUCGUCCCCUCGAGCCCUGCUGGACGGCAGGAUCCAGGGGCACUUCUGUCCUGUGUGGUGACCCGGGACUGUCUCCUGCACGGCACGUGUGCUGUGGGUGCCGUGCUUUCUGAGCUCAGGUUGGUCAGGUCCUCUUGGCAGAAAUAGGACAUGGUCACUCCCCGGUGUGAAAUUUCUGCACCGAAGGGGAUUGGGGACAUUUGGGGCUUUGUUUCCAAGGAGGAAGAUGAGUUCCCUCUACGGGACCACACCCCGCUGUGGGAGGGGGUGGCCACCCGGGCGGCAGCCUCUGGCUGUGGGUCACCAGGGGACCCUGAAGCCACUCUUCCAGAAGCUCAAGCACAUUUUCUGCCACUCACUAAGUUGAAAUUUCAGUUUAGUUUUCAAACAGCUUCUUCCUUCUUGAGAGAACAGAUCAUAGUCUCCAGAAGGGCCUCUGAGCCACGUCAGUAAUGGCGACAGCCAACCUCACACAGCACAAACGGUGUGCCAAGCACUCUUCUGACUCCCCAUCCAUCAUCAUCCGAGCCUCGUGCCACCUGAAGGUUGACUUUGUUAUAGUUUUACAGACAAAAGAACCAACUCACAGAGAGGUUAAGUAACUUGCGCAUUGCCACAUAGCGAAGUGAGUGUCCAAGUAGGGACUGGACCCCAAAUAACCUGGCUCCAGCGCCUGUGUUCUUGAGCACUGUCCCCACCCCCUCAGGUCACUGGCCAUGCAAGUAUUUCAAGGAUCCCAGUGGACAUCUUCAACAUGUUUUCCAAAGACAGGCAGACUUUACAAAGUGGAGCUGCAUCUUGGCACGUUCGAACUACUGGUGCCUGGAUGACCUGUACCGGGAGAUGGUGAAGUGCUACGUGGGAGUCCUCGAGAAGCUUCCAGAGCACCGGGCCGACCCAGCAACCAUGGACGGCUGCUCGCAGCUGAAGCCGGACAACUAUCUCCUCGCCUGGCACACGCCCUUCAACGAGAAGGGUUCAGGAUUCGGAGCUGCCACCAAGGCGAUGUGCAUCGGCAUGCGGUACUGGCGGCCUGAGCGGCUGGAGACCCUGAUCGAGGUCAGCGUCGAGUGCGGCAGGAUGACCCACAACCACCCCACAGGCUUCCUCGGGUCCCUGUGCACAGCCCUGUUUGCAUCUUACGCCAUACAAGGAAAGCCGCUCGAGCAGUGGGGGAGGGACAUGAUGAGGACAGUCCCUCUGGCGGAAGAAUAUUGCAAGAAGACCAUCCGGCACCUGGCAGAGUACCAGGAGCACUGGUUUUACUUUGAAGCAAAAUGGCAGUUUUACUUGGAGGAGAGAAAAAUCAGUGAAGACGUGGACAGUAAAGCCACCUUUCCUGACCACUAUGACGCCGAGGAGAGGGACAAGACCUACAGGAGGUGGAGCUCGGAGGGGCGAGGGGGACGGCGGGGCCACGACGCCCCCAUGAUUGCAUAUGACGCUCUCCUGGGAGCCGGGAGCAGCUGGACGGAGCUCUGCCACCGGGCCAUGUUUCACGGAGGUGAGAGCGGGGCCACGGGGACCAUCGCGGGCUGCCUGUUCGGGCUGCUGCACGGCCUGGACUCCGUCCCCCCGGGGCUGUACCAGGACCUGGAGCACAAGGAAGAGCUGAGCCGCCUGGGCGCAGCCCUCUACCGCCUGUCCACGGAGGAGACCCCCAAGAAUGGCAAGAUCUGCAGUGACAAGACGCCCAUCGACGCCCAAGCCCUGAAAAGGAAGGUCAGCAAGGCGACGUGCCACCCGGCCGCCCACGCCAUCCUCAGCAGCCUGCUGCUCUAUGUCACCGACCACGAGGACAGGCCCUGGGGGCUGCCUCCCGCCAACAGGGCAGAGGGCGGGGGGAGAAAGGUGAGCUGCACGCCAGAGCCCCAGGACGCCCACCGGCGGCCCACGCGCUUCCAGCUCCUGCAGGCCAAGUUCAUGGGCCCUGGACGGGAGCCCCGUCUCAAGAAGACCCGGGAGGUAGGGAGGCUGAUCUUCAAGGACAAGCAGGGCCCCAGCAGGAGCUUGGUGACGGCCACCAUCGGCAAGCUCCUUGAGAAGACCCGGGAGCCGAUCCAUAGCCAGAAGCCCCGGUGGGGCCCGCCUGCCGGGAAGAGCACCGUGAAAAACAUCCUGAAGAUGUUCUUGGCCGCAGAGGAGAAGGAGGCUGCGGAGAAGCCACCCGCGGAGCGGCCCAGAGCUGCGGGAGGCCCCCUGCCGAGGACAGCGGGCAAGAGGAACUCAGUCCUGUCCAAGCUGCGGGAGAAGUUCGAGCAGAGCGGCUGUCUGUACUCCGAGGCCGGCGUGUUGCCGCUCCGCACGGAGGACCGAAAGAAGAAGAACCUGCGGAGGACGAAGAUGCACCGGCCUCAGGCCCGCGUGCUCUGCAUGGCCACCCUUGCCAGCACCUGCAUCAGGACGCCCCUCGCCCGCUUUCUGGCCUGCACGGCUGAGCCCGUGCCAGCCUUCAGCAUCGCCACUGUCGUCUGCGGCCCCAGGAGCUGGCUGUCCCACUGUGCCAAAAUCAGCCGCUCAGAUCUGGGGCGUGUGCCCAGACCAGCAACGGGCACGUCACCCAGUGUGGGGGAGACGGCACCUGGGGGGAACAAGACACCAGGAAAAGGGCGGCUUGGCGGGGAGUGCUCAGGGUUCCCAGCGCCCAUGACCACAGCUCCCAGGGACCACACGGGAACAGUGUGCCCCAGAGCAGGGCCCGAGUGCGUCCCUGAGCCAGCCCCCUCUCCUGCCUCCCGCAGGGGCGAAGCUCUUCCUGGCCGCAAGCCCACCACAUCCCCACUGGCAGCAGCCAGCCCAGGGUACACCCAGGCAGCAGGAGGUGACAGCAGGGGGGCCCCCCAGGCAGAGGGCACUGCAGACGACACCUGGGGGAUGAGAGGGGCAGGGGUGGCCCCCGCAGUCACACUGACUGUUUGCAGCUCGGAGGAUGAAACAGAAAGAUCCAUUUCAGACUCAGAGAGAGACCCCCUCUUCGCCACCCAGAGGAAUUUUCCAGAAGAGAAUGUACCAGGACGUAUCCCACCACUCAACAUGCACGCAGCCCAGGCCGCUCAGCGCACUCAGCCGGCCAUCGAGCCUCCACAGAUAAUGGUCAGACUUCCCGUUGUCCACGAAAUGCCGCCCCCUCAUGCCACGCCGCCAAGGGCACCAGGUGGUGAGGACCAGUGUCCUGGUGCUCUGGGAGGAGAGAGCGCGAUCGGAAACACAGAAGCGCCAUUUCCCACCACGGAGAGUAGAAGCCGCGGCCCAGCCACAGCCGGACUGAGGGAGCCCCCAGGUACGCGGCAGGGCUACUGGGCAGACCCCAGCCCCACGCCCCUACAGGGGGCUGCCAGCGCUGAUCGCCACCCCCCCGAGGCAGUGCCAAUGCCGAAACCAUGGGCAAGUUCCCCUGGAGGGAAGGGACACGAAGGCGGCCGUGGGAAGCUGGACCGGCAUGAGGCUCGAGAGCACGUUUGCACAGACGCUGUUUCCGAGCUCACCUGUGAGAAGCAGCAGCUGCCAGAAUCAGGGGCAACGCCACCCCGCGAUGAAGGCGCCCCAUCACGGUACACCACAGCGUCGGAGAGCCGCCCAGGAGGGACCCGCUGCUCUGCCUCUGGCUGGCAGCAAGGGCCGGCUUCCAGCGAGGAGCACCGGGCGGGCGGCCCCGCCCUGCUGGCGGCCUCCACCAAGGACCGGACAAGGUCCGAGAGUUUGACCUCGACGGACAAGCACAUCCUGCAUGAGCAAGAACGCGGGCGAGCCCCACUGCCCGCGUCUGCCCAGCCCCUGCUGAUGGCCGAGGAGAGCACUACCGGCGGCCUCGGCGAGCACAGACCGUCCUCCUUAAAUGGACGCCCGGAACCAAGCAUCAGAGCCCCUGGGUGGUUGACGGCUGAAGGGGCCAAGAGUCACACAGCGCCAGCGCCCGGUGACGCCCUGAACCCCGAAAACAGUGUGGCCGAAGAGCGGAGGGCUCUGCACGGGGGAGAGCGCAGCUUGUCAACAAGCCAUGGCCUCCUAGCGGAGGACCUCGCUCGAGAACCCAGCCGCCCCCUCUUCCUGGCGCCCGGUGGGCCCUGGGAGCCCCACAGCAGAGCGGCACAGAGCAGCAUCCGCCAAGACUCAGGGCCGCGGCGGCCUCUGGCCUCGGAGUCCCCGGCAGAGCCCCAGGCCGCUCUCCCACUCAAGGCCGCUGGCACCCAAUCUGUGCAUGAUGAUCCCCUCGCGUGUGUUUCCAAUGAAUGGGCAGCGCGCCCGGCGAAGGCGGCGGGAGGAAGCAGGGACACCAUGUCCGCGCAGGCCAGCCCUGCGGCGGCUGACACCAAGUCCCCGGGGCCGCCCUCAAGUCAUCCCCUGCCACAGGGACGCCGCACCAAGGGGCCGCCCCACCACACCUCGGGCAGGGGGCUGGCACCUUCUGAGCCCCAGCAGGCCAGGAAAGAGGACCGCGCCGCAUCGGGAAAGCAGCACCCUUCCAGCGCGGGGCCUACACCUCAGCCGUCCUUGGCGCCCUCGACGGCAGCAGAGGGCCAGCAGGUGGACAGGGUGCCCCAGGAGUGUCCCAACCUCCAGGCACGCCCGCAGAUGGCAUCCUGCACGCGGGCCGGUGUCCUGGAGGAGGUCAAGGUUGGGGAGAGGCCACAGCCACAGGCAGGCCGGGGGGGCCGGGAGGACGGGGCCUCAGGGCCUGCAGGACUGGCCGGUCCUGGAAAGGAGGGAGCAGCUCCUUGGGGCCAGAAUGGCACAGUGUGUUGGGCUGAAAAGGCUCAGACUCGACCCAGGGAUGAGCGGGAAGUGGAGGCCACGGCCACUGAGGUGGAGACGCCCCGGCUGUCAGCUGCGAAAGGCCUGGAACAUCUGUUCCAGCAGCGGGGGAGGCGUGAAGAGGAGCCCGCUCGCGGACACGGUGCGCCCACUGAAGAGAGCCAAGCACCUUCCCCCUCAGAGAAGCUGGGGCGCCCGGCACUGGCCCAGGCCGGCAGGAUGGCGCCCCACGACCUGGCGCGGCCCACAGGUGGCUCGGCAGCAGUGGCACCCAUUGCAGGCGAUAGUGGAAAGUCCCAGGGACCGGCUCCCAGGGGCGCCCAGGGGGCGCCCAGAGCGCCGCUCAAGACCGGAGAACGGCGGCCUGGGGCGGCUGAGAGCCAGCUGUGUCCCCGCCCUGAGCCCACCCGGGGCUCUGCAGGGUCCCCACCUCAGCCUGGGGGCCGCCAGACACCUGGUGCCCAGGCCCAGGAGGGGCCCGCAGACACCCCCGGGGCGGGGAGAGGCCCAUGGGAGCCCGAGCAUCGCCGGAGGUCAGCACGCUUGGCCAAGUACCGAGCCCAGAGCUUCUGCGACCAGAGGUCCUUCGACCUGUCCUUCAGACCCGCCGCUCUCAGGGCCGACGCCGCGGCUGAGCCGCCACAGUGAGGCCCCCACCCCGCACCGCCUCAUCCCACGCCCCAGGCUCCGCUCCUCGCCCGAGUGUCGUUUUCCCUGAACAGUCGGCCUGUGGUUUCCUGUCGCUCUGAGGGCACUCAGCCCAGAGGGUCCCGGCUCCAGGACUGACACCCCCAGCAUCGCGAACCCCGCGGCGCCUCGGCCUCAGCGCUUCCCCGCAGGAGGUUUGAACAGCAAGGACGAGGAACAGACUCGGACACACAGGCGUUGGCUCCAGGCCCCCUUGUGUCCAUGUGUUCUCCGUUUCAUCGGAGGCAGCCUCACGAGGGUGUCUGCACAUGUCCAUCUUCUCACUGAGCCAAGAGCUGUUUUUAGCACUCAAGCGUGCGGUGCUGGACUUUGCAUGCGUCUGUCCUGUCCCAUCUGGGGGGCCCAGGUCAGCUUCGGGCUUUUUUUCUGUCAUUUUGUUUUGUUUUUAUAUUUUCUUUUUUGAGGAAGAUUAGCCCUGAGCUAACAUCUGCCACCAAUCCUCCUCUUUUUGCUGAGGAAGA